AUGGCAUACAAACUGGCCCAACUUGGGGCUGAUAAGGUCAUUGAGGCGCCCUAUAAGGUCACAGGCGUUCCCCUCCGUAGUUUGGAAGAGGACGCUAGCGCCUGUAUCGUCCCGUUGAUCCGAGUUAUGUGGACCGGGCGUUGGGCAAGGAGCCAUAGGUCCAGGGUACGGUCAGAUGGACAAGGUCAGUACCCCCGAGCACACCAGGAGUUUGGCUGCGUGCCCGCCAAGUUCCCCAACUCCUUAGGGUCUUCACAGUGCAUUCUAGAUCACGCCUGUGAGGGUUCUCCUAGUGGAAACGGGCAUCCUCUCGAUGCCAUCUGCGAUGAUGUCACGCCCACUGGAAGGCUAGUUAGGGUACAGAUGCUAGAUGGGAGCCAUUGGUCGGUGCGUCCCUGCCUCGUCAAACCCGCCGAUGACGCCUGCGGGCGUAGCCUUGUUGAAAGCGAUGACAAUGUACCAAACCUAGUAUGCUUGCGUGAUGAACAAGCGAAGGGUGCUCGAGUAUUGGUUGGGGCGGUAGCCUGCCCGAAGUUUGAAGGGUUCAAAGGUUACGGUUCCACAUGCUCUUCUCUGAGCGAUUAUUCUAUGAUCGACGGUCGUGCCUCGGAGAUUGAUGGACAAGCGGGUACUCGAGUAUCUGUUAAUGCCGACCACCCCCCAUAUGGUGUAGAAGGACUUUCUCGUGAGGAUGGUUACGGAGAGGUUGUUGACAAGACAAGUAUUCAAGUAGAAGACAAGGACGGCCAAGGCCCCCAUGAGCCAUUCUUGUCAACUACAACCGAUCAACCUGGGGACGCUCAGGAAGACGGUGAAUUAACUCAAGAUCAACGUGUUGAUAGGGUUACCAAUAAGGAUUACCCCGAGGACGGCAACGAUGAUCAACGCGGGCAACAGAGACUCCAUAACGCCUCUGACAAUAAGCAGGAGAGAAAGGAAGAGUAUGAAGAAGAUAAGGUGAACGAUGAGAAUAAGAGGGAUACUGCAAAUGAUAAGAGGAGAUAUGGAGAGAGUGGAAAGCGAUACAACCCUUAUGAUGGGAGCUCUGGAAGUGGGAGUGAUAGAUCGAGAAGGGAUAAGUAUGGUGGAAGGAGAAGCGGUGGACACUUCCAUCCAGUACGUAGGGUUGUACGAUCCUCUCGGAAGUGUGAUGUCUGUGCCACAAGAGAGUGUCGGACCAAGAUCCACUACAAGGAGUACGACUCGGCCGAGCAGAUGGCUAUGAAGCUUAGGCCAGCAAGAAGAUGCUAUAAGUCAUUCGCCUAUCAUUUGGAAAGGGUCUGCAGAAGGUUUAGGAAGAUAUAUGAUACCGACGAGCACUUACAGCGUGCCAAUAGGGCUUUCCAGUUAUACCCUAAGGUGAGCUAUCAACGGUUCCGCGAGAAGGUUCUCACCAAGCAUCGGCGUAUGUACCAAAUAGCGAAGAUGAUUGAUGAAGACUACGCUAUGGGAAAUGGAGUCCUAGUCAUGACCGAAAAGGAUCGAAGUUUGUACAAGCACUUCUACAUGCAUCCGAUAGUGAAGAUUCGGCAAGCAGUAUGCGAAGGUGUCACGUCUUUGCCAUGGGGCAAGAUAAGGCCGAGUUCAAGUGCUAUCGCUGCUUGGAGGGAGAAUCAAAGGUCUGACGUCUUCAAGGAGUCCAUCCCCUAUGAGAACUAA